AUGUCCUUCUGGGCUCUGAGUGUCGCAUUACUACCUCUCGUGUUUGCUCUGAACGACCCAAUUCGUCUUGAGGUGAGGCAUCGUGUCGACUCACAAGUCGCCAACAUCCAUAUAACCAUCCAUGGGACCGACUCACUCAAAGGGAUCUUAAUUACAUAUGGUCAAUGUGAUGCACCAUCGGCGCAAAGCGCACAUCACGAAAUCCACAGGUAUGACGAUGACGAGUCUGAUCGUUUGAUCUGGCGAAUCCCAGAGUCGGUGCCGUCGACAGGCUGCUUGUCGGCAUGGGCGAAAGAUGUCCUUGUGGGAAGAAGUCAGCCCAUUGCAAUAGAUUUCUCUCUUCAACAUGGACGGAGAAAGCAAAAGAGGCAAUCAAGCAGCGCAACCGUCGUGAUGGAUAGUGCCAACGGUAUCGAUAGCCGUGGUCCUUGGUUCGAUGGUGUUGCCGCCUUAGAGGGUACACACCUUACUGCUGUUGCUUCGGAAUCCGCCAAGUCUAAACAGAUUGGUAUUGUGGGAGCAGGAAUGGCCGGGCUGAUGACCUGGCUAGUUUUGAACGAAGCAGGCAUGGCGAAUAUCACAAUUCUAGAAGCAUCCCAAAGGCUUGACGUUGGUCACUCCACUGACCGGGAACUACAGAUGGGACCUAUGCGAUUUCCCCAAGCAAUUACCUAUGCGGACACCAACGAGACUAUCCGAAUCAAAGACCAUCAGAUCGUCUCGGACCUUGUGGAAGAAUUAAAUCGUCGGAAUGCCGGCAAUCGCAACUUCACCGUAUCUAUGAUUCCAUUCAUCAAUUCUAGCCCCAACGGGAUCGUCUAUCGAAGCGGACGGCGAAAGCCCAACGGCGAACUUCCUACCGUCUCGGACGUGGCAGAAGAUCCUUCUCUAGAGGAGAUUCCGACAUCCCCCGGACAGGUCGCGGAGAUCAAUCAGGUCCUUGGUGGUAUUACGGCCAACCAGACGUUCAUGAACAGCCUCGCCCGCAAUAUCUUCGCGGCGCACAAGCAAUGGCUGACAGCAGGCCUAGACGGGCUCGGAGGGGACUCCUGGUCCGAAUUCGCAUACCUCCACAAUUACCUCAAGUAUGCAAUCAAUGACACCCUCAUCGCUUUAUCUGGACCAUUCGGACAAUUCACGUUCUGGGAUGCGAUUUAUGAGUCGUUCUAUUUCGGCGCAACCGAGUGGGCGACCAUCGACGGAGGCUUGAACCGACUACCGGCGGCAUUUCAUCCCCUUGUCGACGACGCUGUGAUGAUGAACGCCAAAGUCCAGCAGAUUUCAUACAACAACGGAACCCGCCGUGUCAACAUUACAUUUCAUAACGGCCUGAACUCCACGAGACCCCCCCGGAGCGCGACGUUCGACUACGCAGUUCUUACGCCUCCUUUGCCCGUGGUCCGAUCUUGGCGACUUCCCGCAUUCUCGUCCGCGCUCUCUACCGCCAUCCAUACCUGGCCGUACGAUCAUGGCUGCAAAGCCGCAUUGCAGUUCCGCACGCGGUUCUGGGAACACCUCGACCGCCCCAUUUACGGUUCCUGUUCCACGAGUACAGACACUCCUGGAAUAGGCCAGAUCUGCUACCCAAGCUACGAUGUGAAUAGCACAGGCCCCGGCGUCGUCCUCGCGAGUUACAUCACCAGCACCGAUGCCGUGCGCUGGCUUAGCGCGUCUGAGGACGAAUAUAUUACCUAUGCGCUCAACGCGCUGGCUGAGAUCCAUGGACCCAUCGUCUACGAGCAAUAUACCGGCAACGGCACGAGGUACUGCUGGCUUCUCGACCCUUAUGAGUAUGCCGGUUGGGCACAAGCGAGCGUCGGAAUGCGUCAAGCAUUUCUCCCGGACUUCUUCCGAACAGAACAAGGCUGCAUUCUCAGCGGUGAGGCCACAAGCUUUACCAGCUCUUGGAUCGCGAGCGCAUUGGAGAGCGGGAUUAGGGCUGCUGUGCAAUUGCUGCUUCAACUUGGAUUGGUGGACGAAGCCAAGGUUGCCGUGGAGAAAUGGAUGGCCAGGUGGAUAGAAAUAUAA